UGUAUUCUCUGCAGCAGAGCCUGUACGGUACCGUAUAUCUUGAUGCGAUGAUGCGAGGUGCUCAGCAUUGCGCAUGGUGAUGGCUGAGCUCCCACAUUAGCAGCUCACACUCCCUCCUGAGCAGUGAGUGAGUCGUGAAUCAUAAUCGUGGAUAUGAUUAUCGCUUGUCGUCACAACCACACAUGCAGGUUUGCCAUACGGCAUACACUGUGAUCUUCGAUUUGCGGAUACACAGCUUUGCCAGAAGCUCUCGCGCUUCAGGAUAACAGAAUCGUCCUCUGAGCAUGAGCGAAAAGGUCAUACAAGGCAGCUCGGGGCCCCCAAGCGCCUCUGGCAAGGAUGAACAGCAGCGCGCUCCGCUGUUAGGGUCCCGGUCUGGAACAAGCGAGCCAGCGCUGGAUGUCCGUCGACGGACGAGAGAAAGAGGGAAAUGCGCAAUCUGCUGCAUUUGGACAUUCAGCGCAUUGGGUCUGGCCGCACUGUGCGGGAUCGGGUAUGGUCUGUACUGGGCUAGAGCUCAGGUGCACCAGCCUCAUCGGUCCCUGUACGUCAAGCUGGGAGAUAUUCUUCCCGGACCAAGGCCCGAAAGCUCCAAGGGAAAUGAUCCGGCCAAGAUGCAAAAGUUUAUGUUUGGAACGGAGGAGGAACAAGAAGCUUUGAAGCAGGGAAACCUUGGCAAGGAUUUGGACAAGACUUGGGAGGAUGACGUGGUGCGACCUCUUUUCGACGCCAAGACUCGGUUUGAUGUGCACGCUACGCUGUGGCUCAAGUGGGCAGAAGAGGGCAACAUGCUCGUCAAUGACGAGCAGAGCCGAUCGAGAUUGUCACAGCUAGACAAAAUCAAGCAACCGAAAGCGGGUGAACAGGCUACGAUUGAGUAUAGCGACUUCAGGAGCGAUCGACUCGAGCAUCUGCAGCCCAUUUGGAGCGGCAUUGUUGCGCAAAAUCUCACUUUGGGAUCGACCAGAAAAUCUGCUGAUGCCGAGAUCGACAUCGACCUCAGCGCCUUGCCACUGCUCAACGCGGAGACAGUCAAGGCAUCCACGCUGUCCUUUACUUCGGUCAUGGUUCCGUCUGAUCUCGAUGCUGCAGAUGCACCAUGGUCUGGUCUGACAUUCGCAAACCUGACAUCCGCCGAUGGCCUCUUCACCGGUGACAGUGUCUGGGAGGCGAGAGCUCGUUCAAGAGCUUGGAAGCGCCCUGGCACGCCUUCCAGUGCGAAUUUACAGGCUCAGCGGCUGUGUCAGCCGACAAUGGUUGAGAGCGCGCUGCGCAAAGGCUCUGUACAAGCUGAAGGCGAGACAAAGAGGAAGAGACUGAUGGGCUGGACUUGUCACCUUUGGAAACACUCGCGUCAAGCCAAUUCGACUUUGGGCGCAUCCAAGCGUGCUCCCCUUACCCUCACAGAAGCUCUUCUCAUGACCGGGAGCUCACCUAAGCCUUUGAUAUCUGUGCAUGAGCGAAUCGAAGAUGGAGAAGCUGCGAGCCCUCAGGACUCUGAGGCCAAGCUAAGCAACCUGAUUGGCACUUUUGGUCUGGAUCACGAUGACACGAUCAGCGGGCCUGAGGCCGAUCGUCAACUCGCAACUUUGCUGGGAGAGACAACGAUGGCGCAGGAAAUCAAGAAGACUGUCGCAGCGCUUCUACUGACCAGAAGCAGGAUCAUGCUUCCGAAGGUGGACGAACAAGCCAUAUUCCGUGUGCAAGAUCUCAAAGACAAGCAGGGUCCCAAUUGGGCUGAGCACUUCGGAUGCGUCGCCGAGGGAGACGCCAGGUGCGCUGCAGAUAGACGCCUGUCACCUUUCCAUCAGCACUUCACCUUCACCGCUCCUGAUGGCAGUCUGCGACACUUCUAUGCGCCUCAAAUACUAGCUGUGAACGGCGAUUCAGGCAUUCGGGAGAUCCUUCGCCUCUUCGAUCAUGUGGAGAAAGACGACCUCUGGGUCGGCCCAGGGGAAUUGAUGAAAAACAGUAGUCAAGUCUAUCAGGAAAGGCAUAGAGACUUUUCUGAGACAGACAAAGCUAGCCAGUUUUCGUUGAAGCUCGUACAACCAUUUGCGAAAAUCGAGAACAACUCAUUAGCUUUCAAAUGGAGAAUCAAUACCGCAGUCACCGGACCGGUCAGGACUCACUUCAACAAGCUGGAUAUGUUUGCGGACUCAUCGCUGAUGAUGUCCAACAUGGACAGAGUGUCGAGUCCUUUGCCACUUGCCGAAGAGAAGAACGAAGCAGAGGGUAACAAAGAUAUCGCAAUGGUCGAGGGCGACCGUGCCACUCGGGAGUCCUUUGCAGAAGGACUAUUUAUGAAUGACGUCCAUCAAAUGGAAGAGAUUCAAUCAUGGGUCCUGACCGGUGAUAUCCGUCGACACUUGACUUUGCUGGGGCUCGCGAGCUUCGCUUUCGAAUUUCUGUUUGGACUUGCCAGUGGACCACUGAUGCUGCUAUACUGGCUUACUCGCAGAACGUCUUUCGGAUUGUCCGGUGCCGCCGCUGUACUGGAUUUGGUGACGCAAUUCUUCGUGGAUUCAUCCGUCUUCGGAUUUGAGAUGUCGUUGAAAGCUGAUAGCUUCUCGUUGGAAACCCAAGAUCAUCCGAUCCUCCAAAAUAUCACAGGGGCGAUCCUCCCUACGCUCGUUGCAGCUUCAUUCAACAUUCUGCAAGCUUUCAGAACUUUCCGCAUCACGUUCGCUCCUUGGAGACGCUCAAAACGGAUCGAGUGGAGCAAGACGCAUCAGAGCAUCCCUUACACUGCUGGAGUAGUUGGUCAACGCAAAGCCGACCAGGCCGAACGACGCAAUGCGAGGCUGGACCUCCCAUACGCGAAAGUAUUCAUCCUCACACUUGGACUGUUCUUCCUUGACGAGUUCCUUGGCAACAUUGAGCUCACGACAUCCAGAGGCUACCCAAAGGGCUACUUCUCGGCAGAUCAUCCUCCUCAUCUCGGCCAGUUGGCAGGCCAGAUGCACAGAAACGCCAACGCUCCAGUCGUGAGGAAGCACAUGUGGCUCGCGUUCGAGACGCUCUCGACGUCUUGCGGAAGUGCCGCUACGAUCUGCCAAUUGCUGCUCAACUCCAAGACCAAGACGUUCAAUGGCACCUUUCGCAUCGCGGCCCUACUGAGCGCUACACAGCUGCUCCUCAACUGGCUUCAUGCCGCCUUUACAGCUGAGAACGUCGCACCGUACACUGUGAGGUGCGUCGUCGCCGACAGCAUGAUUCUGACGGGUCUCGUGCAAGCUGUAAUUUACAGAGGCGCGCGCCAAGAGGUGCACGUGGAAGAGCUGGAAGAAUGACUGAUCUAGACGCACGUGAAUGAGACAAUCACCUCUCCUAGCAUUCCUAGCUCGUUUGCUGAAUCGUGAAUUGUGAAGCACCACACAAGGUUCAUCCGAAAGGAAGGAACAGAGAGCGCGUGCCGCAACGAUGACAAUUAAUCGCAGCAUGCGAAACACGCAGAAGGCAUUCAUUGCAUUCACCAUUGCAAAUAAUGUAUUACCCAG